AUAAUACAUGCAAUAAAGUAUGAUUAAUUUUUUUAAAUAAACUAUUUCAUAAGACACUGUAACAACUAAUUAUGUUUGAAGGAAAACCCGUUUGAUUUACAAGGCCACUAUCAAUACGUGCUUUAAAUCUUUUAAUUUAUUCCUCAUUUACAAUAAACAAUCAGUCAAUCACUAGAACUCGUGAAUUUCUUCCUUUUCACAAAAAAAAAAAAAAAAAAAAAAAAAAAAAAAAAAAAAAAAAAAAAAAAACUGUAUAACUUUUGCUUGAUCAUUCGAGAAUUUUUUUCUUUUUCAAAUAACAAUUCUAGAACUUAAAUAAACAAAUCACUUUCUCGAAACAUUACUUCCAUUUUACUCACCAAACAUCACUAGAACUCUCUCAAUUUUUUUUCUCUUUUCCCUCUUAUAAAACCAAAACCCAAAACUCCCUUCAAAACAACCAAAAAAAAAAACAACAAAACUCUUACAAAUAUAGUUACAUUCAUCUUUGUUUAGUCUAAUUCUUUCGUAACAACAACAAAAAGAAGCAAAAUGGACGUGAGAUUUCCUGGAUUCGUCGACAACAUCUUCCUUAACAACAUCCAAGACAUGCUAGAUCAAUUCACAGAUGAAGUAUCCGACACCAAGCAACAACCCAACAACCCUUCUCGAGUAUACGUACGUGACACCAAGGCCAUGGCACGUACCCCAGCCGACAUCAAGGACCUACCAAAUGCAUACCAGUACAUUGUCGACAUGCCCGGGGUUAAGCCCUCAGAGGUAAAGGUGCAGCUAGAGGAUGACCACGUGCUCGUGGUGAGCGGCGAGAGGAGGAGGGACAAAGAGAAGGAUGAGAAGGAAGGAGUCAAGUAUGUGAAGAUGGAAAGGAGGGUUGGGAAGUUUAUGAGGAAGUUUGAGUUGCCUGAAAAUGCAAAUUUGGAGAAAAUUAGUGCAGUUUGUCAAGAUGGAGUGUUGACUGUUACUGUUGAGAAGGUGCCUCCUCCUAAGCCUAAGUUUCCUAAGACUAUUGAAGUUAAGGGUGCUUAAUAUUACAACGUUUGCAAACACACUAUUUUUAACCAAAGUGGUGAUUCAUAUGUAAAGAUGUGGGGUUUUGUUUGGUUUGUUUUGAUAUAUACUUUCAUAAUAUUAACUUUGUUACUCUAUAUAUUUUUUAACAUUAUGUAUAUAAUUUAAAAUAUCUGUAUUUUGGGAAGCUUUUAUAACUAAUACUAAAAAUCAAGUUGCUGAUCAUAACAUAACUAGACACGUCUCAUUUCCUCUUCCAUUUACAGUAUAAGCUUUAGAAUUACAAGUAUUUAUAUUACGAGUGAAUGUAUAUUAAUUCCUGUUAACGUGCAUCACAUAGGACUAAGCUAAUAAAUGUAUCCUCCUAUUGUAAAAAAAAAAAAAAAAAAAAA